GCGCGUGUUUACUUCCUGCGCAGACCGGAAACUUCAGAUGGUUUCUGGAGGUGACCGACUGCCAGUGUGCAGAAUUGAUUUGCUUUCUGCAUUGUAAGCGGAAUUAUUAUUCUCUGUAGUUGGACGUUAAACUGUUUUUGCUGUCGGUGGUGAUAUACUGCGUUCAGAAUGGGGUCUCAUCUCGUGCGGAGUUAUAUCACGGAAAGAGACGCGGCGCCAGACCCGCAGAAGCCGUCUGCAUAUGACCCGAAUCUGGGCUUCGCGGAGCGGAAGGAGAGAGCAAUGGUGGCGACGCAGGAGCAGAUGAACCUGGCGAUGCUGCCGGUGGAGCAGCGUGAUUACUGCGCACACUACCUGCUCAAACUCAUGAAGUGCAAGAGAGACAACUUCCCCAACUUCUUGGCCUGCAAACAUGAGAGACAUGACUGGGACUACUGUGAACAUCAGGAUUAUGUGAUGAGGAUGAAAGAGUAUGAGCGAGAGAGAAGACUGAACUUGAGGAAGAAGAGGAUCGAGGCGAAUGCAGCAUAAAUAUCCCGCCUUCAUUCAUUUCUCCAUCAUUUUCUUGUUUCUGUGUAUAUAAAUAGCUCUCUCAAUAAUAAAGAUUAUCUUGUGAGCUCAACAGAA